AAUCCAUUUUUACCCACAUCGCGAUGGAGGUGUCGGGGAAAAUCUGGCUUAUUGCGUCUUUUUUCCUCGUCCUCACCCCCCGGGGUGGGGCUCAGAUGGUAGGGAUGGGGCAGUCGCAAUACGACCCAGAUGCUGUGACCCCCGGGACAUUUCCUGACGACUUUGCAUGGGGUGUGGCGACAUCGGCGUACCAGGUGGAGGGGGCCUGGGACAAAGAUGGUCGAGCUCCUAGUAUCUGGGACGUAUUCACCAUGGACGGCUCUGGUCACGUGAAAGACGAAUCCAAUGGCAACGUAGCAUGUGACCAGUACAAUCAUUACAAAGAGGAUGUGCAGCUCAUCAAAUCUCUAAACGUGAAGUACUAUAGGUUCUCAAUUUCCUGGAGCCGUGUCCUUCCGGACGGAACCGAGGCGACCCUGAAUCCUGCCGGAAUCACCUACUAUAAGAACCUUGUGAAGGAGCUGAAGGCUAACGGGAUCGAACCAAUGGUGACGUUGUACCAUUGGGAUCUGCCUCAGGCCCUCCAUGAAAGAAUGGGAGGCUGGGAGAACAAGACAAUAGCGCAGUAUUUUGGUGCCUAUGCACGAGUCAUGUUUCGAGAACUUGGAGAUCAGGUGAAGUUCUGGAUCACUCUGAAUGAACCUUGGGUGGUCGCCUGGCUCGGGUACGGUUCUGGUGUGAACGCCCCGGGGAUUAAGGAGCCUGCUACAACCCCCUAUGUAGUAGGACACAACCAGAUCCUUGCCCACACCGAAGCCUACCAUAUAUACGACACUGAGUUCAGGGAAUAUCAGAAAGGAAAGAUCGGUAUUACGAUGAACAGCGAUUGGGCAAUUCCUAAAACUCGAUCACAAGCAGAUGUUGACGCCGCUGAGCGACAGAUGCAAUUUAGCCUUGGCUGGUUCGCCAACCCUAUUUUUGGAAGCAAUGGCGACUAUCCAGAUGUUAUGAAAAAUAUUUCUCGUCUUCCGGUUUUCACAUCUGCCGAGAAACAACGUAAUAAGGGUGCUUCCGAUUUCUUUGGUCUGAAUCAUUACACAAGUAAACUGGUGUCGAACAAUCCCCGCGGUGCUACUGACCCCGUCAGUUACAUCACCGACAUCGAGACCCGCACUGAGGACGAUCCUAGUUGGAGAGGAUCAUCCUCUUCGUGGCUCAAGGUGAAUCCUAGUGGGAUGAGAAGCAUACUGAAUUGGAUCAAACACACUUACGGAAAUCCUAAAGUUUAUGUAACAGAGAACGGUAUAUCAGACUGCGGAACAUUACAGGAUCAGGCUAGACUUGACUAUUACAAAGGAUACAUCAACAACAUGCUCAGAGCUAUUACAAUGGACGGCUGUAAUGUGACGGGCUACGUCGCUUGGUCUUUGUUGGACAACUUUGAGUGGGCGUCUGGAUACACUGAGAAGUUUGGACUGAUCAAGGUGAAUUUCGAGCGUAACGAGAGACCAAGAACUGUCAAAGACUCUGCCUUCUUCUUUGCUGAUCUCGUCAAAAACAAUGGCUUCCCAGCUGGUUGGGAUACAUCAUCUUACGUAAAGGCGGAUGUAGAAGACCGGGACAUGUUUCUUCAUGACUCGUUCCCAGACGGCUUUGCAUGGGGCGCUGCUACAGCUGCUUACCAGGUAGAAGGGGCAUGGAACGAGGAUGGGAAAGGACCUAGUAUUUGGGAUGUAUUUUCACAUGCUGGGAGAAUUGCCAACCACGACACCGGGGAUGUGGCUUGUGACAGCUACCACAAAUACAAGGAGGAUGUUCAAAUGCUGAAGCAACUGGGGGUAUCUCACUACCGUUUCUCUAUCUCAUGGUCCCGUAUCAUGGCGGAUGGAACACCUGGCACUUUGAAUCCCAAGGGAAUUGCGUACUACAACGAUCUCAUAGAUGAGCUUCUUUUGAACGGCAUUCAACCAUUUGUCACCCUGUACCACUGGGAUCUGCCCCAGGCACUGCAAGAAAUCGGGGGCUGGGAGAACGACACUAUCAUCGACCAUUUCAAUGCCUAUGCUGAGAUCUGCUUUGCAAACUUUGGACACAAGGUGAAGUCUUGGAUCACAUUCAACGAGGCGUUUGUCGUUUCCUGGUUGGGAUAUGGUAUCGGGGUAUUUGCCCCUGGUGUAUAUAGUCCUGGUAACGCUGUAUACCAGGUGGCGCACAAUAUCAUCCGGUCUCAUGUAAAAGCUUACCACACAUAUGAUGAUCACUUCCGGUCUAAAUAUAACGGUCAGGUAGGCAUAACUCUGGACUGUGAUUGGAAACAACCUAAUCAGUUCCGCUCGGCCGAUGAUAGAUACGCCGCUGAGCGCGCGCUGCAGUUUAAGCUCGGAUGGUUCGCCAAUCCCAUCUUUGGUAAUGGGGACUACCCAUCUGUCAUGAAACGUGUGGUGAAGUCAAAGAGCUUAGCGCAAGGACUCUCGAAAUCACGACUUCCGGAGUUCACUCCAGAAGAAAUUGCACAGAACAAAAAAUCUGCUGAUUUUUUCGGCUUGAAUCAUUAUACGUCUAAUCUUGUAUCUCAACUUGACCGUCCGAUCAAAGAUCAGAGCUAUGAAAACGACCAGGACCUAGACAUCACCUACGACAAUUGCUGGAAUAGAUCGGAGUCGUCAUGGUUACGUGUGAAUCCCUGGGGACUUAGGAAGCUUUUGAAGUGGAUCCACGACAGAUAUGAUAGUCCUGCGAUCUACGUCACAGAAAACGGGGUUUCCGAUAAAGGACAACUGAAUGACGAGACACGUAUACGUUACUAUCGGGAUUAUAUCAACGAGAUGUUGAAAGCUAUAAAACUUGACGACGUGGAUGUACGAGGAUAUAUGGCCUGGUCACUUAUGGACAACUUUGAGUGGACCAGUGGAUACACACAGAAGUUUGGGCUGUACCAGGUAGACUUUAACAGUCCACAACGAGUGCGAUCCAUGAAGUCCUCGGUUUCUGUAUAUUCUGAAAUUAUACGAAACAACGGCUUCCCUGAAAUUUAGAUUUGGAAAGAGAUUAGAUAGAGUAAAACACGUGUACACUUAUUAAUAGUAUUCGUGAAGUUUGAUACAAUGGGAAACAUCUUUGCAUGAUAAUUUCAGAAUAAAAUAAUUUCGCACAUGGUGGUUACUCAUUACAAAUACUGUAAAAUAUUUUUCAUUUUGUAAAGAAUGGCCAUCUUGUGCGAUAUUGAAGGAGUUAAUGUCUGAAUGAAAGAAUAUAUAUUUCAAGUACAAGACCAAAAAAUACUUCACAUCAAUUUGAAGUACGACUCGGAAAUCAAGUAAUCCGUCAGUGUGGCUUAUUUUUCUGCUUUCAUUAUAAACACUAUUGUUGACUUUGUAUAAUAAAAUUACGAUUUCAUCGAUAAUAUA